GGUAAAAGGUUGUAACGAUGGAUGGAUACCUAUCCGGGAAAAAUAUUAAACUGUAGAUAUUGUGUCUUCAACUUGAACGCACAAAUUUGCGACAGAUUUCAUUAAUUAGAGCUUAUUUAAUGUUUGUGAACGAUCGUGAAUGGCACAAUUAUGACGAAAGAGAAUUUAUAACCUGUCAAUUCAUGGUUUAGUGAUACUGGUUUAAUUACUUAUAUUAUAUUAGUUGACGAGUUCAAUUUCUGCAUUUUCACCAGGUUUAAUAGUUAAGGUUCAUUAACCGAGUACAGUGCAAACCAUAUAGAAUGAUAAAUCUGCUAAUAUUUAUCAAUGAAGUAUGUAAAAAAACGAUUCUGCUAAAAGGAUAAAUGGAGACGUCUUUAGUGGUGGAAAGUGCUAUAGAGGAAGAAGCUAAACCAUCUCCAUCUUUCAUUUCUUUGAACGAUUGCACAAAAACGUGUAACUUAUCGUUUUCGUUUAAUAUCGAUUUCAAUAAUGUUAUUAGCGAUGGUUCCUCCGAUUCAGAAACUGCAGAUUUGCAAAUCGAUGUCUCUGAAAUUGAUAAUUGCGAACCUCCCAUUAAACAUAAGAGGGAUGCUAUCGAAGAAACGUCUUCUAUCAUUAACGAAAUGGAAGAAGAAAUUGAAAGACAACUUGAUGCCAAAGCAGCUAAAACUAACUUAACAGCCACAAAUGUUAAAAAUAUCUUGAAACAUGUUAUUACUAAUGAACAUGUAAUGGCAAUGGUUAAAAAUCAUCUUCAGGAGACAGAGGAUGAUGUACUAUUUGAACCUAAAUUAACAAGAGCAAAGGCCAAAGAAUUAGGAGCAUCUCAAGUGAAUAUACCGUGGCCAAUUACACCAUUGAAAAAGACCACUUCGCAAGUGCAGGCAUUAAUCGAAGAAGAACUAUCGGAAGACUCUUCGGACGAAGAAUACAAUCCAGAACAGGAUAAACAAAGCGACGAUGAAAGGGAAGUAGAAAAUUCUGUAGGCAGCGAUCUAGAUUCCCAACCCUCAACAUCAGCAAAUACUUGUCGCGCAUCAUCGGUCGAACAGACUAAAUCGCUGAAUGUUCAAUAUGAUACGGAAGGAAUUUUUAAAAUUCCUGGUAUUCCUCUUGUCUUGACAGAAGAGGAGAGUAUUGGGCAAAGAACACGUUCAAAACUUUGUUUGAGCGAAACACCUUUGGAACAAAUUGAACAGGCAUUUGUACCACCGGACAUUACAACCGAUAUGUAUGAUUGGGAUUGCGAAGUUGACGAAGAUUGGGAUAAUUUUUUGAAAGAGUUUACUCGACCAUUAACUCAAGAGCCUAUAAUGGAAGAUGACCCAGAAGCAGAUCCAGAAUAUAAUAUAUUAGAGGAUGAAGAAACGGAUUUUUUGGAUAAAGAAGAAUUGCGAGCAGAUAAAGCUGUAAAAGUUACUCGCAAGGAAUUAAAUAAUUUAAUUGCAGAACUAUUUGAGUUCGCUGAUACAUUUUCAAAGCAAGAGCAGGAAAUUUCAAGGAAAAAAAGAUCUCCGGAAAGUCCAAAUUCAUUCAGUGAGAAUAAUACUAUGAAUUGCCCUGUGAUAAAUUUAUUGCCCGUUUGUAAAGAACCUGAAAUUACCAAUUUAAUGAUUACUAGUCAGCGACAGUUGUUGGCAGUUCAACUUCGUCAGCAUGUACAGAUGAUGGCACAACAUUGUGCCAUGUCAUACAUGCAUCCAAAUUUACAUUUUCAAUCAAAAUCAUGCAAACAGAAUUUGAAUGCCUUAAAGUAUUUAAGCAAUGGCCCUAAUUCUGCAUUUAAUGCAGCAAAUUUAUCAGAUGCUUUAAAAUUGGUGUCUGAUUGGGAAGAUAAAUUUUUAGAUGAUACGUUCUGUGAGAAUUUUAAAAAAACUAUUGCCGACGAAGAUGCAGUAAAAAAGAUCUAUAUUGCAAAUAGGUGGAAGUAUACCUCUAAAUUUCAUCCAGAAUUGAAAAAGUUAUUUAUGGAGAGUAAAGCUUUAAUGUAUCCACAACUUUUACCCGAGAUACCUUUCAGGUCUGAAUUAAAUAAGUUUAUGCGAUCUCCGUACCUAAAAUCUGAAGAAUCUUUAAUUGCAUUGGGCCUCGAACAAUUUCUCCCUUUUGUUACAUCCAAGCCGAGAAAAUUUAAGACUCAUAAGUCACUACUAAUGGAUGCAAUACAAUUGAUCGUUGAAUAUUUGAUGCCGUGUAGGGAACCACUGGCAAUAUUUUAUCACAUUCAAAAGCGUAAAGCAGCAAAAGAUAAAAAUCCAAUAAAAUAUUAUUUUGAAAAUGGUUGUCCUCCUCGAACAAUACAUUAUAUAACAUCAGAAUGCAGUCUUAAAGCGCCAAAAGAUCAACCGAUAAACUUUCUACCUAUGAAGUGGCAGUCUUACCUUUACAAUACAGAGCAGAAAAUUGAUUUAUUGAAACGAAAAUAUAUAUUGAAUUUAUAUAAUAAUGAUAUUGUAAAGAAAGACCAUUUUAUAAACAAAGAUUAUACAUCUAUUUCCAAUACGCAUGUGUUGCGUAAGCCAGUUGGAAAUAGAUUACCAAAGAUACUACCCGUAAACACGAAUCAAAAGAAUUCAAAUAAGUAUACGUUAAGGAGUGGUUCCGCCUGCUUGGCCGAAAAUAUUGACAAAUAUCGUGCAAUUACGCAAAAAGAGAUAGAGGAAGAAGCAAAAAGUAAUACGGUCGAGGAACAAGUUAAGAACACUAUACCUAGAAAUUCACUUACACCAAGACAAUCGAAGUUUUCGAAAAAGUCCUCCGAAAUGGUACAAGAAUUACCACAAUUACGGAAGACUACACCCAGAUUAGCAAAGACCAGAAGCGCUCAAAAUAUGAAGUUGAUGGCUCAAGUUUUAGGACCAAAAGGAUUAUCAUCUAAUUGUAAUACCUUAAAAUCGAAAGAAAAGAAUGAUUUGGAGAAAAAUUUGGAGAAAAUAUCAACUUUGUCAAAAACUGAUAAUGAAGACGAAAUAGCGGAAUUAAUGUUAGCCAGUACGACUAUUAAAAAAGAUUCUCUUAGUAGGAAAAAAGCUAAAGAAGCUAGGGAAUUGGAAAAUAUUAAAAGGCUUUUGGAAUCCGAAAAUCCACUAAGCGACGAAGAAAGAGGAUCAAAAUUUGCAGCAUCAUAUCUUCAGAAAUUACAUUUAACGCUAGAAUCUAAUAGCCCGGAAGUAUUUAGAUCUGUGAUCAAAUUAUAUUUAGAUUAUUGUGAAAAAUUGGACAGUAUUAAUCAAAUAGAGAACGAACAGUCCUCUAAUCUAUCAGAACCUUUGCAGGGUGGAAAAAUUACAGAACAAACAACAAUUGAUAAAGACGCAAUAGCUAUAAAUUUAUAUCAAGAUGUAUGUGAAAAGUUACAUGAAUAUCCUGAACUUUGUACAGACUUUUUAUUAUUUUUAAAACCACAUCAAGCCGCAAUGAUGAAUAAAACAAUGGAAUAUAUAAUGCUUCAAAAGAUGAGCGAGUUUAUUAAUGGUGCUCAAAUAUAUUUUGCUAAACAACCUUCUCGAAUAGCAAAAAUGAUGCAAGCUAUCACACAACUUUCGUCCGAUCCUCAGACGACAUUAGAACACGUUCAUACAAUUAUGGGUUCUAUACUAAAGGGUCACCCUUUAGUCAUGGAUUUAUUUCUACAAAUAUUACCCACUGCUAAACCACCGGAAAGCUUGUUUGCGUCACAUAUGUUUGAGAAUUUAACAUAUCCAGUGGGGCCGCAUGACAAAAAGAAAGUUUACGCCAAAGAUGCACCGGAAUUGUAUGAAAAUAUUGAAUUGCCUAUGUUAGCAACACAGGAAGAUCCUUACGGUGGUGAAAAUUGUAGAUGUAAUUGUCACAAUGACGAUGAUUCUAGUUAUAAAAAUAUUUCGGAACACUGUGUGUCUUGUGGCACAAGGUUUCUCAAUGGAAAAAUUUUUCUUCAAACAUCCGAAGGUCUCAGACCGGCUAAAAUUAUUUUUCCUGGGGCCGACGAAGAAAAGUUGGAAAACAUUGCUCGUGUAUCUUUAAAAACAACUGAUAAGCUUGUUCCGUCUAUUUCAUCUAGACAGCGGAGAAAAUCUUCAAAGAACGAAUCUAAUUCUGAUGAACAAUAUCAAAAAUCUUGUAUAUCAAAAAAUUCACCUAUUAAAGAUAACGAGGAAGGUGGAAAAGUGAUUGUAAAAUCUAAAAAAAGUAUAAAGUCUCCAGCAAAGGUUGGAGAUCAAAAAAGAGAUUUAAAAAGAUUAGGAAGUAUAGAUCACAUGGAUGUAAAUACAAAAAAGAUGCGCAUAACACAGUGUAAAAAUAAAAGAGGAAAAACGGCAGAUAAACAAGAAACACAUUUAGAAUGUACAAGUUCACGUGUUGAUCAUAUGAAAUUUAACGAAUCUUUAUGCAUAGAUUCGAACAAUUCCUUGACAGAAAUAACUAAGAAAAAGCCAUCGGAUGUAGAGGCUGAAAUGUCAAAUAGUAGGUCAUACAAAAUUGAUCUAUCUGACAAAAUUAAAAACGCUACUACUUCUAACAAUGAUGCGAAUAUUAAACCAUGGACACGACAAGAAGACACGAUUCUUUUGCAAACUAUUAAAAAGGAAUAUUCCGACGAAUCACUUGCCGUGGUCAGUAAAACUUUAGGAAAUCGUACAUUUGACCAAGUCCGCGAAAGAUGUGAAACACUUUUGUCGUUAUUGGAAAAAAUGAUGUAAUUGUAUACUUUUCUGAUAGGAGUUCUAAUUUUAUUGAAUUGACCGACUUAUGAACGAGUAUAGGUAAGUAAACCUGCAAACCACUAACUACUCCUAUUAACUUGUGUUUAAAUUUAAUUAUUUAUAUCGUAAGACAGAGAAGGUGUUAUUUGCACGUGAACCCGUUUACACAUAUCACUUCUA